AACCAAACCGGCUUUUCUUCCACAUUUUUUUUAUAUUGCUUCUUCAAAAACUCUAACCCCAGCUUUCUUCGUCUCUAGAUGAUGAAUUGGUGAUGAUCGAAGCUUGUUUGGAUGCAUAUGUGUAGCAGUAGUAGCAGCAGAGAACGCAGAUCGCUCGCGCCCUUGCAUCACAUCCACAUUUUGAUCGAUAUGCACAUAAUUGAUUGUUCAUUUUAGGAGGUUAGCUGAUCAUAUUUUUUUUAAUCCGGAUUCUUUUCACCUUGCUUUCGAUGGAUCUCGCGUGUAUUGUUGUUUAAUUGAUCGGAAUUCAAAGGCAGUAAAAGAUUUCCGCAUUUUAUUUCUCCCGUACUGAUCAACAUUCCAGUGGAUUUGUGGUUAUGCCAAAGCAUCAGUCUCUUGCAAGAGCGAUGCGCUUUUCCUUACCAGCACAGAAGGUCAGAAGAUAUGUUCCGGACACUAUCUUUAAAUGAAAAGGUGCUGCUAUAAUUUUCGGGUGGUUGUUUUGUGGAGUGGAAGAUGAGGUGAUGGUGUUUUCCAUUUUUGUUGGUGUGUGCUUAGAUUGAUUGGCUUUCAAGAUGUUUGUACUUUGUAACUUGCAAACUGUGGCGUUCAUACAUAAUUCAUCUGCAUUGGAGAAUUAAGUUUAUGAAACAUUUGGCGUUUCGUGUGGACAAAGAAUCAGGAUUAUCGGGAACAAGAAGAAAAGAAUUAGUCCUUUAAGGACAAAGUCAGAGAGAUGGGUCUGCUUCGCAUCUUAGCCGAUGACGAUCCUGCUCAUGAGGUGAAAAGCUUAAUAGUUGAAUCUACGUCCACAUCCUCCCAUUUUGCUGUCUCGGAUCAUUUCCCUGGAAGACACUCAGUAGUAGGCAUAUCCUCACCUAGAGGACUAGUUAAUAGCAGCUUUGGAGAUUUCAAGUGUAAAACCACUGCAGAGUUACCAAAAUUUACAAAUAAGAUGUUUGAGAGUGAAGGGAUGGGGACCGAAGAGAGCCACCCCCUGUCCAGGAAUGCCAGUCACAACAGACUGAAGCCAGGGGUCCUAACAGAUGGACCUUUUCUAAUUGAUAAGGAACUGCCCACAUUUAAUUGUGUGCCAGAAUAUGCAACAAAUGAAUAUAUGGCAGAUCUGAUGUCUACAAGAAUGGUGACCUCAUCCACCAUUUCUUUAUCACCCCUCUGCCCAAACGUUUUUGAGAAGAAGAAAACAGCAUGCAGUGGCAGAAAGAUGGUCAAAUGCUUAGAAUAUCCCUUAGGUGGUUUCUUUCCUUCAGAUGAUGGGGGUUUUAAAAAUGGAAGUGAAUCAUGUAAAGAGCCUGACAUCUUCAAACAAAUUCGGCCCUCAUUUCCUGAAGAAAGAAAUCCUGGAACGAGUUGGCCUUUCUCUUUCUCUCACAGGGUGGACACUGCAACACAAUGUGUAAUGGCUAUAAGUGUGAGACGCCCCCCUGUUAGAAGGUCACUUAUUGGUUCAUUUGAAGAAUCCUUGUUGUCUGGCCGGCUAUCAUCUGGAAGAUUUAGUAAGAAAAUAAAUGGUUUUCUAGCUGUAUUGAGUGUUACUGGAGGACAUUUCUCUCCAAAAUCUAGGAAACUACCUUUUUCGGUUAGCAGCAUUGAUGUUGAGAGAUGCCUACUGUACUAUGCUUCUGUUGAUCUUGCUGGACCAUUAUCAUCUGAAAACUACAGAGGAAACAAUUUGAAGAGAGGAAUUGGUGAUGACGAUUCAAGAAAUGAAAAGGGCCGCUUCCGUAUCCCAAUGAAAGGGCGCAUACAAUUGGUUUUAAGCAACCCGGAGAAGACACCCGUGCACACUUUCUUUUGUAACUAUGAUUUAUGUGACAUGCCAAGGGGUACAAAGACAUUCUUGCGCCAGAAGAUCUUGCUCUCUCCGUAUGGCUCAAGCUGUCCAGGUGAGAAAAAGGAUAGCAGUGAGGGAGUGAGAAAACCCACUGCUUCUUCUCCAAAGGUUAAUAAGAACGGAAACACAACUGGUCCGGGUGAUGUGAUUCGAUAUGCUCUUCAUCUACGGUUCCUGUGUCCUCAAAAGAAAAGCACCCCCCGGUCUGCCCAAAGAUGCAAACCCGAUAAUCCUCAAUCUUUGUCUGAAAGAGGCAAAGCAAGUGAUAAAGACGACCGGGUGUUCUAUCUGUACAGCGAUUUAAGGGUUGUAUUUCCACAACGCCAAUCAGAUUCUGAGGAGGGAAAGCUGAAGGUAGAGUACCAUUCUCCAGAAAACCCAAAGUACUUUAACAUUGGUUGCUGAGUUAGUCACAUGCCCCCCCUACUUGUACAUACAUACAUAAAUACUCCGUAUAAUAAUAAUAACAGUAUAUAAAGUAGGUAGUAGUUUUAUAUAUCUACUGCAUGGUCGUGCAAGUUGACAUCUAAGUUAAUGUGUAAAAGUUUGUUUCUUUUUUUUAAAGGUAUUUUUAUUGCUCAAAAGCUAGUUAAGGAAAAAGAAAAUGAGAGGGGAAAA